GGCGAACCUCAGAGUCGAUCGAACGCGCAAGUACGACGCGGACAAAACGGUACCGCGGUAACUCUGUCUUUGUCUCGCGUUUCAUCUCACCUGGCACAAUGAAAGUGCGCAACGUAGAGUGAGUGGGGGAGACAUGGCGUUCUCGUGAAACAGGAGAGGAAGAGAAAGAAAGAGAGAGAAAGACACCAAGCAGCGAGCAGCAAAGGUGGGAGAGAAAUCGCCCGUCUUGCGAGCUGUCAUGGCUGAAUCAUUGUGAGGACACUCGUAGGAAAACCGAUAACAAAUGACGCUGUGUCUGACUCAUUAGGCGGCGAGUGUCGCGAUAUCCGUCUCUCACGAUAAGGUUGCUAGGCUCCGGGAUUCUUGGCUGGGUUCAGUCGCGAUCUGGGGAUUACGAGGAAAAGAAAGAGAUAAGGCGAACAAGAGCGAUCACUGACAACACAGUUCGAUGCCGAGGCCCCACGAGGUAGAGAAGACGGUGAUACAGACGGUGUUUAGUGCGUGCGCGGCUGUGUGAAGUCGUCGUACGUACGUCUCCGACCGUGCCGCACGAUGAACGGGUUAAGUCUGAGUGAACUGUGUUGCUUGUUCUGCUGUCCGCCCUGCCCGUCCAGGAUCGCUGAUAAGCUGGCUUUCCUGCCGCCUGAACCUACGUACACGUUCGUCGAAGAUGAAGGAUCCAAGUUCACUAUCUCGCUGUCGGAGCGCGCCGAGUGGCAAUAUACCGAGCGCGAGAAGGAAUCGGUGGAGGGCUUCUACGCGAGGACUUCGCGCGGCAAUCGUAUAGCAUGCCUGUUUGUACGCUGCUCGGCGACCGCGCGCUUUACCAUUCUUUUCUCCCACGGCAACGCCGUCGACCUCGGCCAGAUGUCGAGUUUCUACCUCGGGCUAGGCUCGCGCAUCAACUGUAACAUAUUCAGCUACGACUACUCCGGUUAUGGUGUGUCGGGUGGCAAGCCGUCCGAGAAAAACCUGUACGCGGACAUCGACGCCGCGUGGCAUGCACUACGUACGCGCUACGGCAUCAGCCCGGAGAACAUAAUACUGUACGGUCAGAGCAUCGGCACCGUGCCCACGGUCGAUCUCGCCGCGCGUUACGAGGUCGGCGCGGUCGUGCUACACUCGCCUCUCAUGUCCGGUAUGCGGGUUGCCUUCCCGAAGACCAAGAGGACGUGGUUCUUCGAUGCCUUUACCAGCAUAGAUAAAGUACCGAAGGUAACAUCUCCUGUACUGGUAAUUCACGGCACUGAAGACGAAGUAAUAAAUUUCAGCCAUGGUUUGGCAAUUUACGAGAGAUGUCCACGAGCAGUAGAACCACUGUGGGUCGAGGGUGCUGGCCAUAAUGAUGUAGAGUUGUACAAUCAAUACCUCGAGCGACUGAAGCAAUUUGUAAGCGUGGAAUUGAUAAACUGACGGCGACUCAGCCUCUCCCAGAGCCAGGGGGGGCAAGGAGGGGGCCACAUGCAUGCGAGCAGCCAGGGACGUACCGUUUCCAACAAUUCUAAUACCAUCAGCUCCAUUUCGACUAGCUCU